AUGGAGAAAGUUGUUUAUGAGUGGUUUCUCCAAUACCAAGAUCGUGUGAACAUGUCUGGAGAGCUUAUUUUGCAAAAGGCAAAAGAUACAAUGAAGAUUCUAUACCCCCAACAAGAGUCUGAGCACCAAUUUUCUCAAGGUUGGCUUGAAAAAUUCAAACUACGACAUGGUAUCAAGUCUUUUCGUCGUUUUGGAGAAAGUGGUUCGGUUGAUGUACAAGACAUGGAGAAGAAAUUGGAAGCAAUCAGGGAAAAAAUAGAUAAAUUCCCUAUGAAAGAUGUUUUCAAUAUGGAUGAAACUGGUUUGUUUUACAGGUUACAAGCUGAUCAUUCUCUUGCUACGAAACAACUUGAAGGAAAAAAGCAAGACAAAGAAAGACUAACAGUUGUUAUUUGCUGCAAUGAGGAUGGGUCUGAAAAAAUUCCAUUAUGGAUUAUUGGAAAAUAUGCAAAGCCACGUUGUUUCAAGAAUGUCAACAUGAGUAGCUUGAAUUGUCACUAUCGUGCCAACAAAAGAGCUUGGAUGACAAGUGUGAUUUUUGAAGAAUAUAUCCGCUGGUUUGAUAGUAGAAUGCAUGGGAGGAGAGUCUUGUUUGUGGUAGAUAAUUGUCCAGCACAUCCAAAAAAUAUUGAAGGAUUACAGAAUGUUGAGCUCUUCUUCUUGCCACCCAAUAUGACAUCAAAAAUUCAACCUUGUGAUGCUGGAAUAAUAAGAGCUUUUAAGAUGCAUUAUCGUAGAAGAUUUUACCGUCAAGUUUUAGAAGGCUAUGAGUUGGGACAAUCUGAUCCAAGUAAGAUAAAUGUUCUGGAGGCUAUCAAUUUUGCGGUGUCAGCUUGGACCAUUAAUGUUCAUCAAGAUACAAUAGCAAAUUGUUUUCGACAUUGUAAAAUUCGUUCAGGAGAUGUCCUACCAAGGAAUUUAGAAGAUGAAUCAGUUGACAUUCGUGAACUUGAAGUUGUGAUUAAUAAUCUUGGUUAUCGGAAUAGAAUGGAUGUCAAUAGCCUACUCAGCUAUCCGGGUGAGAACGAUUCAUGCUCAGAAGUUCAAAGUCUAGAAGAAAUUGUGUCUACUGUUCUUAAUGGUGAAGAUGAAGUUGAAGAUGAUGAGGAAAGACAUGUGGAAGUAGUUACACGUAAGGAAGCAAUUGUGGCUUCGAGAACUCUUCACAACUUUUGGUUGCAUGUUGAGAACACACCACCAGAAAUUGUUGAUGCAAUAAGAAAAAUUCGAGAUGAGCUCCAACGAGAAUCAACCUUUCAGAAAAGACAAACUACAUUGGAGUCAUAUUUUACUAAACUGCCUUAG